UUGCGAUGCGGCGGCGCUCCACACAUCCUCCCCCGGCAUGGUGUGUGUUGCUGUUUGGGGAUAAAGCAGCACGGCGCUGCUCGGUCAUGUGAUUCCUGCCUUUCCCCCUCCUCCUCCUUCCAAGUUGAAAGGCAGGAGCAGAGCGGCGGAGGGGGCCCAGCGCAGACCAGCUUGUCGUGGAUGCAGCCUUUUCUGCCCCCUUCUUUUCCCCCCACCGCACUGACAUUUGUUUCUCGCUCACUUGUUUCUUUUUCCCCCUCCUUAAACGCAUCGCUUCUUUCGCCAUGGCGGGGGCUAUCAUCGAGAACAUGAGCACCAAAAAGUUGGUGAUAGUGGGAGUUACUCUGCUUUUGUUUCAGGCGCUCGCCUUCAUGGUCGGCGGGUUAAUUGCUACCGUGCCCGCCAGUGCAGUCCAAUACCUGGCAACAAAGUGUGUGGACGGAAUCAAGCACCGACAAGAAAGCAAGUGGUUAAUGCCUUGGGGUCCACAACAGUGUGAAAAACUCCAAAACUUCGAGGAGGCCAUGGCAAAGAGGAUCGAAGCUAACAACAUUGUGUUUGCGGUGCACAUUCCUAUGCCCGGCAACGAGAUGAGCCCCUGGUUCCAGUUCAUAUUGGUCAUCCUGCAGCUUGACAUCAUGUUUAAGAUGAACAACCAAAUCGAGGAAGGAGCAGUAGUCACCAUUGAUGUCAGCCUGGCCUACAGAGAUGAUCUCUUUAGCGAGUGGACGGAGAUGGCUCAUUCCUUUGAACAUAGGAACCUAAAUUGCAACUUCACCGCUGCGAAGGCCAUUGAGAAUGAGGGCCGGCAAUAUGAUUGUGACCCCCUGCCUUUCAUGGAGGUGGGGAGUGUGGCUCAUAAAUACUAUCUCAUCAACAUCCGCCUGCCGGUCAACGAGCGCAAGAAGAUCAACAUUGGGAUUGGGGAGAUCAGAGACAUUCGUCUUGUGGGCAUCCAUCAGAACGGAGGCUUCACUAAGGUUUGGUUUGCCAUGAAGACGUUUCUCACACCCAGCAUCCUCAUCAUAAUGAUCUGGUACUGGAGACGGAUCACCCUCAUGACCAGACCUCCGGUCCUCCUGGAAAAGGUCAUCUUUGCUCUGGGCAUCUCCAUGACAUUCAUCAACAUCCCAGUGGAGUGGUUCUCUGUCGGCUUUAACUGGACCUGGAUGCUUCUUUUUGGAGAUAUCAGACAGGGUAUUUUCUACUCCAUGCUGCUGUCCUUCUGGAUCAUCUUCUGUGGUGAACAUCUCAUGGACCAGUCAGAGAGAAACCGGUUUUCAGUCUACUGGAAGCAAGUCGGACCAAUUGUGUUUUGUUCUUCCUGCCUAUUUAUCUUCGACAUGUGCGAGAGAGGUGUCCAGCUAACGAAUCCCUUCUACAGCAUCUGGGCCUCAGAUAUCGGGACGGAGCUAGCUAUGUCAUUCAUAAUUGUUGCAGUAAUAUGCGCCUGUCUGUACUUCCUCUUCCUGUGUUUCAUGGUGUUUCAAGUCUUCCGUAACAUCAGUGGUAAAAGGACUUCCCUGCUUGCCAUGUCAAAGGCCAGACGCCUGCAUUAUGAGGGUCUGAUUUUCAGGUUCAAAUUCCUCAUGCUGGUCACUUUAACCUGUGCAGCCAUGACCAUCAUCUUCUUCAUCAUCAGCCAGGUGAACAAGGGUCACUGGCACUGGGGGGAUCACAUGGUGCACGUGAACAGCGCCUUCUUCACUGGCAUCUAUGGAAUGUGGAACCUGUACGUCUUUGCCAUCAUGUUCCUGUAUGCGCCUUCUCACAAACGUUACGGAGACGAACAAUCGAAUGCUGAUUUCUGGUCUGCUCUGGGCGGCAAAAAAGAGUACCAGACCUCAAAGAGCCUGCAGAGCACAGCCAGACCCCCUCGUCUGUUCGGUUGUUCCAACAAAACCGGGAGACUCGUUGUGGAAGAGGUACCAGGAGACUUCACGCAGUCAGACCUGGCCACUGAUGACGUCAUGAUCCUGGAUGCCUGGGAUCAGCUCUUCCUUUGGGUUGGCAAUGAGGCUAAUGCGGAGGAAAGGAACGGAGCUCCCAAAAUAGCCAAAGACUACGUGGACUCAGAUCCAUCUGGUCGCAGAGGACUGCCCAUCACCACCAUCAAACAGGGGGCAGAACCUCCUACUUUCACUGGCUGGUUCCAAGCUUGGGAUCCAAAGAUGUGGGACAAGGAUCCGCUGGACAGAAUCCGGGCCCAUUUCUGAACACAAAGCUCCAGCCUUAUCUUUUGCACUCUGGCUCUUUACCUAUCAGCGCUUCAUGUUGCAGUUUAAUUCCUGCUUAAUUCAAAUACCUAAGUGCCAAUCGCAAUGUUACUACAGUUAUCAGGUUGAAUGGCGUCGCCAUGGUUCCUUCAUCUUUCAAUAAUACCUACAAAGAACCUCAGGUAACUAGAAAAGCAAAA